GGGUAUGAUUCUAAACAACUUCGUUCUGUACAUGUUACUACUGCUCGGCUCAAUUUCCGAGAUAUUUAUAAGAAACUGUCAGUGUAAUUAUAAUCGGUAUAAUUAGAAUUUUACCUAUAAUUGUGCGUCCGUGACAGCGUAUGCGUUAAUAUUGGCUGUUAACUGUUAUUGUUAUCUUAUUUGUAAUUUCAUAGGAAAAUUUAGUUUUAAUUUAAAUCACAACAAUAUUGAAUCGAUAACAUCGCAUGCGACACGAAAAUGAUAAUGGGAAGUCGGCUGAUCCUCAAAAUGUAGGACACGAAAUAAUAUUGAAUACCUCCUGUCACACCUAUUCUGUAAAUUUCUGUAGAUUGUCGGUGGUGCUAAGCACGUGAUAAGCGCAAGGAACUCCAGUUAUUAGCUGGCAAAUGUUGACUUCAGGAACAAAUUCACCAUGGCUAAGAAGUGCAUCAUAUGUAAAACAGAAGCUACACCAAUUUCCAAAGCUAAACGUAGCUUUCACAUGUUUCCUAAAAAUGAAUUAAUAAGGAAGAAAUGGAUGGACGCAAUAAAUUUAUUGGAAAUUCCAAACUUCAAAACUGCAUGUAUAUGCAGCGACCAUUUUGAUGACAAAUCGUUCCAUGAUUCUGAUGAAUUAAGAAGUAGAAAACGACUACGUCCAGAAGCGGUUCCUCAAAGGAUAAGUUUUAAAAAAUCUGAUGAUACAUCAAAAGAAAAAGAUUUAGGGUCAGAGAAGCUGUUUGAAAGACCCGUUGAUAAAGACUCUUCUAAAUCUGAGAUUAAAGUCAUAAAUGAACAAGAUUGUUCAACUGCAGGCAAAAGUAAUAGUAGUGUGGAUAAUGUUCCAAACAGUGGUAAUAGAAGGAAACAUUCACUCAUCAAAAAAAUACCUAAAAGAAUUCGUUUUAUGAAUGGCUUUAAAACAGAACACAUAACUCGAGAAGACUUUGUUUCUGAUGAAGCUUGGAAUCGUUUCCUCAGAUUAAUAACCUAUGAAAGAAAUAGAAUGGCAGCUGCUCAUAAUAGGAAUUCACGUAAAGAAAAGAAAAUAAAAAAUUUUAAACUUUUAAUAAAAGGUUUGGAAAACCAUGAAGAACUUGAUGCUACUCAAUACGUGAAGGUCAUUUUAAAAUAACUAUUUUAUAUUUCUAUUUUAUUAUUUUAUUUCGUUAUUACAUAGUUCUUCCGUUUUGGCCUUUAAUUCUCUCUUGUAUUCUUAUAUGAUUUUAUAUUAUCAUAUAUUUAUUGACUUUGAUUACAAUUGUCGUUGUGAAUAAAACAUGAACGAAAUUUAA